CAAAGGAUUCUAGACGUUAACGGUUCUACCAAAUAAAGAGCAGCAAAGCACAAAAACCAAUUUAAUAAAAUAAUCAUCAGUCAACCACAAAUAAAACAUAAAUCGUUGCGUGCGUCUGAACUCCCUAGAGUAUUUUUGAAACUCGUGUAAAAUCGUGUGUACUUACAUUUGUGUUUAUUUGGAGCUUUGAAUUAAGAGCCCCAUAAAACACACACAAGCUCGACAUACAGCGCAUAAAAAAGGAAAACAAAACAAACGUCAGAGAAAUGGAUUCUGCUGCAGCUGCCGCCGCCAAGCGUGUGCAAAUCGAAAAGGCACACAAUUUCAUGCGCCAAUAUCGUGAUCCUGAAUCACGCGAGUUGAAAAAAUUGUCAGCCAAUCAGUUUAUGGAUGUGUGGGAGCACUAUGACAAAGAUGGCAAUGGUUACAUUGAGGGCACCGAGCUGGAUGGCUUCUUGCGUGAGUUUGUAUCCAGUGCCAAUGCUACGGACAUUAGCCCAGAGGCUGUUACUGACACCAUGCUGGAGGAGCUGAAGUCUUGCUUCAUGGAAGCCUAUGAUGAUAAUCAGGAUGGCAAAAUCGAUAUACGCGAGCUCGCUCAACUUUUGCCCAUGGAGGAGAAUUUCCUUUUGCUUUUCCGCUUCGAUAAUCCCUUGGAAUCAAGCGUUGAAUUCAUGAAGAUCUGGCGUGAAUACGACACUGAUAACUCUGGUUACAUUGAGGCGGAUGAGCUAAAGAAUUUCUUGCGCGACUUGCUCAAGGAGGCAAAAAAGAUCAAUGAUGUGUCCGAGGAUAAGCUUAUUGAAUACACAGACACUAUGCUACAAGUCUUCGAUGCCAAUAAGGAUGGUCGUUUGCAGCUAUCGGAAAUGGCCAAACUUCUUCCGGUUAAAGAGAAUUUCCUGUGCCGUCAGGUAUUCAAGGAGGGCAUUGAUGGCGCCACAAAGCUAACCAAGGAUGACAUUGAAAAAGUUUUCUCGCUGUAUGAUCGUGACAACAGCGGCACUAUUGAGAAUGAGGAGUUGAAGGGUUUUCUUAAGGACCUGCUCGAGCUGGUCAAGAAGGACGACUAUGAUGCACAGGAUCUGGCUGCAUUUGAGGAGACAAUCAUGCGUGGUGUAGGUCACGAUAAGCAUGGCAAGAUCUCACGCAAGGAGUUGACCAUGAUACUGUUAACACUGGCCAAAAUCUCACCCGAUGAGGAACAGUAAGCAGCCUGCGUCCAACAAAUGCCAAUGCUUAAAUAUUUGUUAGCAUACACAUACAUAUAUAUACAUAUAUAUAUAUAUAUAUAUUUUUGUUACCAAUUUGGGUAAACACAAAAUCGAAGGCAAUUGAUUACUUUAAAGAAACUGCGCUUAAGCUGCAGCUGGAGGAUUUUAGACCUGCUUGACAGACAGGACCUCUGAAACAAAACAAAAAACAAAACAAAUUGUAUGAAACGCAUAUACAUAUGCUGAAGAAAAAACAUUUAAAAGAACAA